AUGACGUUACUAGAGGAAUCCGCGAAGCUACGAGACAGAGCGACUGUUACCACCACCGCGGCCGACCGUGCAGGGAGUGGACACGUGGCAGCUGACAUGACAGCUGACGCGUCAGCUGAUGUGGCGAGAAAGAAUGCACAUCACGAAAGGGCUAGUAGCGGAGUUCCCCCGAUCGCAUCCGCCAUUUCUUCCGCCGCUGUCGGCGCGGUUUCUGCCUCUGGUGCUUCCGCCAGUAGUGCUUCCGCCAAUAAUGUCUCCGCCAUCAGCGCUUCCGCCAGCUCCGCCGCGACAACCCCCGAAUUGCGGCAGCCGUCAGGCUCGGCAUCAGGUUCGGACACGCCGAAGCUGAAGCAGUGGGUAGCGGCCCAUCCCCCUGCACACGGCUUGGAUAAAUCUGCUCUUGUGGUGGACGGCUCUGCCUUGUCGUAUCUGUGGAAGGAGGUGGUGGGGAGGGACGGAGCAGCAAAAGAGGGCGGCAAGGGCGCGGAUGUGAGGAGGGAGAAGGUUUACAACACCAUGUUCAACGUGCCAUGGCGCUGUGAACUGCUGAUCAUAAUGGGCUACCUCGUGUGUCUCGACUCCUUCCUCUCGCUCCUCGCCAUCCUCCCCAUCCGUCUCUUCCUCCUCCUGCUCCGAUUGCUCCUUGCCCCCUGGAGGGGGCGGCUGCACUUGGGUGUGGACGAUAUAGCUGAUGUCGGCAAGGGCGUCAUCAUCGUGUGCGGUGUGCUGGCGCUACAGCAGGCUGACGUCAGCCUCAUAUACCACUGGAUCCGCGGGCAAAACAUUCUCAAACUCGUGGUCGUUUAUAAUGUUCUUGAGGUGAUGGACAAGCUGUGUCAGAGCCUGGGGUGCGACGUGCUACAGAUGACUCUCAACACUGCGGCUCGAGUGGCCGCCGCUGCUACAGCCGGGUCAGAAGCAGGCCCGGAUCGAGCAGAGUGCUUCCUGCUGCACGCGCUCGUGCUGCUGACCCAGGCCGUGACGCUCAACGUGGCCAUCAACUCGCACAACCACAUCCUCGUCACGCUGCUGGUCUCGAAUAACUUUGCGGAGGUUAAAUCCAAUGUGUUCAAGCGGUUCAGCCGAGAGAACAUCCACAAGCUUGCUUGUCUAGACACGGUGGAACGGUUUCAUCUCUCGUGUCAUCUCCUCUUCGUGGUGGUUCAGAACGUGGUGAAGGGGCAGGGCACCUCGCUCUCUUUUUUCAUCCGGUGUAUGUGCGUGCGGUGCUAUGCGGUGCAGCGUAUGAGCGGGCGGUGCAGUGCGGAGCAGUGUAUGUGUGAGCGGUGUGGGGCUGUUCUGAAGGAUCGAUGCCACCACGUGCUGGCACCAUGUAAACCGCACUCUCCCCCCACCUCCCCCCACCACCCCCCACUUGUUCCCCCACCUCCCCCCACCUCCCCCCACCUCCCUCCACCUCCCCCCACUUGUUCUCCCCCCACCACGCCUCUCCUUCCCCAGGUGCUGGAGGACCGAUGCCACCACGUGCACCGCAGCAUGAGCUUUGUGCCUCUGGGGCCGGCAAUCAAUGUGAGUUGGGGGGGGCAUAGGGGUGGUGGUGGAUGUGGUGCGGUGACAAUGGGUACAUUGUGA